CGUCACCGCGACUAACUAACUUCAGUUAAAGCAGCGCGGAGAGAGCAGACGCCUGUCUGGAUGGAGGGCAAACUGUCUAGCUGAUUUGUAUCAAUACCCGCGGGCUCAACUUUAAAGGACUUAUUUAAAAAUUGCGCGUUGCCGGGUUUUUUUCAAGGAAAAGGUGUCUCACGUAAGCGUGAUAUUCCAGCGACGAUGAUACCAUUAUGUUCCACACACAGUCUGUGUGAUUUGCUAUGGUGAUACUACGAGCUACCCGCAGCUAGCAGAGGGAUUGUUUUUGGAAAUACAUCUUCGAGUACCGUACGCCGACACAUGAAUUAGACGCUUUUUGUACAUUUUCAUCAAGCUGGAACACAAAGGGGAAUGUCUAGUCAAGGAGUUAGGAGGAAUGGCCCGGUGAAGCUGCGGUUGACAGAAAUGGAGAAAUGAGCGGAGAAAUGAGCUCUCAAAGCUCAAAAACACCACCCCGAUUGCCAGCUGAGGGUCCCCCCUCCUCCACAUGGGGAAUGGUUUUAAAUGGGCCGCAGCGGUUCUCAGACGGAAUCCCAGGAAUGUGAAACCUCAGGGAGGAAAUUCCUGUGUGCAAAGAACUUGGCAAAAAAAGACUUCUUCCGGUUGCCAGAUCCCUUUGCCAAAGUGGUGGUGGAUGGCUCAGGACAGUGUCACUCUACAGAUACUGUAAGAAAUACGCUGGACCCGAAGUGGAAUCAACACUAUGAUCUAUACAUCGGAAAGGCCGACUCAAUAACCAUCAGUGUAUGGAACCACAAGAAGAUCCACAAAAAGCAGGGCGCAGGUUUCCUCGGCUGUGUUCGCCUCCUGUCCAACGCCAUCAACAGGCUCAAAGAUACCGGCUAUCAGAGAUUGGACAUGAAUAAGCUGGGCCCCAAUGACAAUGAUACUGUGAGAGGUCAAAUAGUCGUAAGUCUUCAGUCCAGAGACCGCAUCGGGACAGGAGGGCCGGUGGUGGACUGCAGUCGUUUGUUCGACAAUGACUUACCCGAUGGCUGGGAAGAGAGGAGGACAGCCUCCGGAAGGAUCCAGUACCUGAACCACAUCACCCGCACCACCCAGUGGGAGAGACCUACCAGGCCAGCGUCGGAAUACUCCAGCCCAUCAGGGCGGCCGCUGAGCUGUGUGGUGGACGAGAACACGCCAGUGAUGACGCCCGUUAACGGGGCCGAGGCCAGCUGCCCGCCCGGCGAACAGCGGAUCCAGGAGAGACGGGUUCGAUCGCAGCGCCAUCGCAACUACAUGAGUCGAACACACUUGCAUACCCCACCCGACCUGCCCGAGGGUUAUGAGCAAAGAACCACUCAGCAGGGUCAAGUCUACUUUCUCCACACACAGACUGGAGUCAGCACCUGGCACGACCCUCGGGUGCCGAGGGACCUGAGCAAUGUGAACUGUGAGGAGCUGGGUCCGCUGCCACCAGGCUGGGAGAUCAGAAACACCGCAACAGGUCGCGUCUACUUUGUCGACCACAACAAUCGAACGACACAGUUCACGGACCCGCGACUCUCUGCUAACCUGCAUCGUGUGCUCAACCCAAGUCCAAAUGGUUCCCGUGUGGCCAUGGACAGCCAAAACACUAAUCUAAGUCACCCGACUCAGCCGAAGGACCAAAGUGGUCCCUGCGUCCCCCAGCCAGCUCUGUCCCCGGCCCAGCUGCCUGAAGAGGCAGAGUGCUUGACUGUGCCCAAGUACAAGAGGGACCUGGUGCAGAAGCUGAAGAUCCUGCGGCAGGAACUCUCUCAGCAGCAACCUCAGGCCGGCCAUUGCCGCAUCGAGGUCUGCCGGGAAGAGAUAUUUGAGGAGUCGUACCGGCAGGUGAUGAAAAUGCGUCCAAAGGAUCUCUGGAAAAGACUGAUGAUUAAAUUCAGAGGAGAAGAGGGACUGGACUAUGGCGGGGUUGCAAGGGAAUGGUUAUACCUGCUGUCCCACGAGAUGCUCAACCCCUACUACGGCCUCUUCCAGUACUCCAGGGACGACAUCUACACUCUACAGAUUAACCCGGACUCUGCUGUCAACCCGGAGCACCUGUCCUACUUCCACUUCGUGGGUCGCAUCAUGGGCAUGGCGGUGUUUCACGGCCACUACAUCGAUGGCGGCUUCACUCUGCCCUUCUACAAACAGUUGUUGGGUAAACCGAUCACAUUGGACGAUAUGGAAUCUGUCGACCCGGACCUCCACAACAGCCUUGUCUGGAUCCUGGACAAUGACAUCACCGGUGUCCUGGACCACACGUUCUGUGUAGAGCACAAUGCCUACGGAGAAAUCAUCCAACAUGAGCUCAAGCCCAAUGGCAAGAGCGUGCCAGUGUCAGAGGACACCAAGAAGGAGUAUGUUAGGUUAUAUGUUAACUGGCGUUUCCUGCAUGGCAUCGAGGCUCAGUUUCUGGCUCUGCAGAAAGGCUUCAAUGAGGUCAUUCCUCAACACCUACUCAAGUCCUUUGAUGAAAAAGAACUGGAGCUGAUAGUGUGUGGCCUGGGAAAGAUUGACAUCUCUGACUGGAAGUCCAAUACCCGUCUGAAGCACUGCACCCCUGACAGCAACAUCGUCAAGUGGUUUUGGAAAGCCGUGGAGUCGUUUGACGAGGAGAGGAGGGCCCGGCUGCUGCAGUUUGUUACCGGCUCAUCCAGAGUCCCGCUGCAAGGCUUCAAGGCUCUACAGGGCGCUGCAGGGCCCAGACUCUUCACCAUUCAUCAGAUCGAUGCUAACGCCAACAACCUGCCCAAAGCCCAUACCUGCUUCAACCGAAUCGACAUUCCGCCCUAUGAGAGCUACGACAAGCUAUACGACAAGCUGCUGACCGCGAUCGAGGAGACCUGUGGCUUCGCAGUGGAAUAAGAGACCCGUUGGAGAGCGUGCGCGUGCGCGUGUGUGUGUGUGUGUUUGUUUCUGUGUGUGUGUGCAGGACUCUGAUGGACUAUUAUUGUCACUGCAACACACUGACAGGCUCCCUCAGAGCCUGCAGUCUUCCUCUUAUCUCCCCGCUCGCCACAUUCUUUCCCUGUCGAUGUCUGUUUCAACAGCUGUUAGAGAGUCCUCCCCCGUCAUUUCUAUUGUUUCAAUUGUUUCGCUGUGAGAAACAGGAGCACCGUAGUGGCUGUUUAGCUGAGAACUGCUGCUGCGCUUCUUUUCCACGGUUUGUUUUUGACAGCUCAUUUUGCAUUCAGAUACAGAAACGACACCGGCCCCUCACUUGAAAUAUUAUCAAACCAGGAAGUAGUUUAUCAACUUGAAUUGACAUUCUACAGAUAUGUUUUCCAAACUGUCGCUAGGCAUGAGAGUAAUGAGGCACUAUAUUGUUUUCCAAUUGAAUUGAUCCUUGUUAUGCUACUGAAUGUUUAACAUUGCAGGUAGCCAUAUCCUGCCCUUAUUAGCCAUCUUGACCUCGACCAAUACAACUUCCACUCCUCACGGCUGCAGUGUUGGUGUGCUUCAUUCUGCAGUACUGCCACAAAUUCGUCCUACCUCUGUAAUUAAUUUAUGGUUGAAGGGUUUCAUUCCAAAAUGGCAUGUAUCGAUAGUAAUUUCAUUCAAAUUCAAAUGAUUCUUUACAAAAAUGCUUGAUUAGACUUUUUCGUACUAGUAGUUUGGGUCUGAUGUUUUGUGGUGUUUUGGUCGAAGAGUGUGGGUUGUUAAAAAAGAAAGGAAAAGGUGCAAAUUGUAUCCCCUCCCCCCCCCCC